AAAAUGCACAGUAAGAAGCAGACUCCAAUAAAAUACUAUGUUGGAAUUGAUGUUGGGUCAGCAAGUGUUCGUGCAGCCUUGGUAGACGAGUUUGGGACAGUAGUGGCACAUGCAGAUCAGCCAAUCCACAUUUGGGAGCCCCAACCAGACCACUACGAGCAAUCCUCUGCAGACAUAUGGGCUGCUUGUUGCUCAGUCACAAAGAAAGUUGUUUGCGGAGUAGAUCCUAGCCGGAUUCGAGGGGUUGGUUUUGAUGCUACAUGUUCCCUUGUUGUUGUGGAUAAACAGUUCCAGCCUUUGGCAGUCAACUGUGAAGGACAAAACUGUAGGAAUAUUAUUAUGUGGAUGGACCAUCGUGCAGUCAGUCAAGUUGAGCGCAUCAAUGCAACACAACACAAGGUUUUGAGCUAUGUCGGGGGAGUGAUGUCUGUGGAAAUGCAGCCACCUAAACUGCUGUGGAUAAAGGAAAACUUGCAAGAAUCAUGCUGGGAGAAGGCAGGCUACUUCUUUGAUCUUCCGGACUUCUUAUCGUGGAAAGCCACAGGUGUCACUGCAAGGUCUCUCUGUACAGUAGUGUGCAAGUGGACCUACACUUCAGAUGGAGGUUGGGAUGACAGUUUUUGGAAAAUGAUUGGUUUGGAAGAUUUGGUGAAGGAUAAGUACGAAAAAAUAGGAAACCACGUCUUGUCUCCUGGAGAGUCUGUUGGAAAAGGUCUAACGCCAGAAGCUGCAAAAGAUCUUGGUCUCCCUGAAGGGAUUGCAGUAGCAGCAUCUCUCAUUGAUGCACACGCUGGAGGACUAGGAGUAAUUGGAGCAGAUGUGAAAGGACAUAACCUGCCGUGUGAAAACCAGCCAAUUACAUCCCGACUUGCUAUGAUCUGUGGGACAUCUUCAUGCCACAUGGGGGUCAGUGAAACACCCAUUUUUGUGCCUGGGGUUUGGGGACCUUAUUUCUCUGCAAUGGUACCUGGAUUGUGGUUGAAUGAAGGAGGUCAAAGUGCAACAGGAAAACUGAUAGAUCACGUGGUCCGAGGCCAUGUCGCCUUCCCAGAAUUACAGUCAAAAGCUGCAGCCAGUGCUCACAGUAUAUAUACGUACUUGAACAGUCACCUGGAUCUGAUUAAGAAAUCUUUGCCUGUGGGUUUCCUCACUGUUGAUUUGCAUGUUUGGCCAGAUUUCCAUGGUAACAGAUCUCCCUUAACAGAUCUGACACUAAAGGGCAUGGUUGUUGGACUGACGUUGUCUCAAGGUCUGGAUGAGCUCGCCCUUAUCUACUUGGCCACGAUUCAAGCCGUUGCUUUAGGAACAAGGCAUAUUUUGGAAACUAUGCAGGCUGCAGGGCAUCGUGUCAACACGCUGUUUCUGUGCGGUGGGCUAAGCAAGAACCCUCUCUUUGUGCAGAUGCACGCUGACAUUACUGGCAAGCCUGUUGUCCUGUCCAAAGAAGUGGAGUCUGUUUUGGUGGGUGCUGCUAUUCUUGGAGCCUGUGCUUCUGGGGAUUUUGCUUCUAUACAGGAGGCCAUGGCGAAAAUGGGGAAAAUUGGGAGAGUCGUGCAGCCUAACCAUGAGCAUAAAAGAUUUUAUGACAAGAAAUACGAAGUAUUUUUGAAACUUGUGGAACAUCAGAGAGAGUAUCGCUCCAUCAUGAACAGCUUCUAAUCCAGAGUCACAUAAUCUGGGAACAACAGGGAUAACAAAUUUCCAGACACUUGUGAUGAGAGUAAUUUCUCCUUACUAUUCCGUCCAUGGUAAAAAGAUAUCAUUUAAAGUGUACGUUUUAAUUCUUAAUGAGAAAUAAAAGGCAUUCGCUUCACUGUG